GGCCUUUGUUCCGGUGAAGGCGUUUCUCACUCCCUUGGCAACCAGGCCGUGCCUCCCCUCGUACACAGGCUUGCGGCAACGAUCGGGGGACGGAAGUGGUUCCGGCGAACCGCACGGGAUUGGCCGGUGGCCCUGCGCAAAAAGCCAUCUGGGCAAACACAAUGGCUCGAAAGGGUAGCAAGAAGGCCAGGACGGGAUGUAUCACCUGCAAGAUCCGCAAGGUCAAGUGCGACGAGACGAAGCCGUCGUGCAACCGCUGCAUGGCCACCGGCCGCCACUGUGACGGAUACCAAUCGCCGGGCGGCUCAUCAACAAGGAAUCUGGAGCUCCGGCACUACCAGCCACACCAAGUGUUCCCCAGUGCAAACGGUCAAAGAGAAGGCCGGGCCUUGCAGUACUUCUGCCAGGAAGCCGGGCCGUACCUGUCGGGCGCCGUGAACCCCGAGUUUUGGCCCCAGUUGGUCAUGCAGUUUACCGUGUUUGACUCUGCUACGCGACACUCCGUCAUCGCUAUCAGCUCCCUCGCAGAGAGGCUGAAGUACUGGGACAACAAGGCGGAGGAUCUCCGCCUGCGAGACGAGGUUUUCGCUCUGCAUCACUACAACGCCGCGAUCCGCAACCUGACGGCCGGGACCGUCGAGCUGCGUCUGCCUGCGAUCUUGCUUGUCUGCCUCCUGUUCACAGCCAUCGAGACGCUCCAGUCGAAGCAGAUGGCCGCCAUCAAACACUGCAAGCAUGGCUUUGAGCUCCUGCAGGAUACGGUCACCGUCACCGUCUAUCCGUGGAUAAGGGAGCAUCUCCUCCCCUUUUUUAGACGAACAACCAUCAUCGCAUUCGUACACGGCGACGGCCCUGAGGAUUUCCCGAAUCUGACGGGGUUGGAACACCCUAUCCCUGCCGGGUUUUCCGUCUACAACGACGCCCAAGUCAUGCUCGACGAUGUCCUCAGUCGCACAUUGCAACUUGUGCGGCGUGCCGAUGCCUACCGCCAACACCCUGGGAAACAAAGCCCUGUGCCGCCCGAACUACUAGCUGAACAAGCCGGACUCAAUCAAUCGUUAAGCAUCUGGAAGGCCCUGUUCGACGAUUACGAAUCUCGUGCCUCCUGGUCGCUAGACACCUCCGGUCAAGAUCAAGGGGCGGAAUACAUGUCCAAGGCUUCCCGGUUCGUUCUUUUGUGCCGCCACGAGUCCUGUCGAGUCUGGCUCAAUACGGCCUUUGGAGGAGAUGACUACGACUACAACAAGCACCUUGAAGCGUACGAAGCCAUGCUCGAUGAUGUGGGCAUCACAAACCCCCAAGUCAAAGCAGUUUUCACAGGCGAGGCGUAUUUCAUCAUCGACGUGGGAUAUCUGCCAUCCAUUUCUGUCGUCGCGACGAAGUGCUGGCACCUGGAAACUCGCUUGAAGUCUCUAGGCAUGGCGCCACUUCCCGGCCUUCCACGAGAGAACCUUUGCCUGCUGGCCCAGGCCGGGGACUGCAAUUUCCCGGAGGUAAAGGACACGUUCGGUCACCCAACGCCUUGACCGUCUUGAAAUCGAAUCAUUGAACAAACCCCACUGUUAAGAAGCUACAUAGUGCUCAGAAUUUGGGCCCAACCAUCUCAGUGGGACCCUGGAUGACCCAGAAUGACCUUGACGAUGUCUAUCUUAUACCCAGAAACCUCCAUCAUUCUUUGUUCCGUUGUUGUUGGAGAUUAUGGUCUCGAAAUUGUCUUCCGCCUCGGAGUCAUCGCGACAAGCGCUGGCCUUGCCAAAGUCUCGGAUUAGUCACUCCGUCAAGACUGAAGAGAAAGGCGACGGCACACUGAUGAACGACGUUGAAGACGGAGUCCAGGCCGAACCCGAUACCAAAGAUAGUCACGGCUACGGAGACGCCAGAGCUGACGCCGUGAAAUGGAACGUCGAUUGGUACAUGCCAACCCACGGUCAUCAGAGCUGCCAUCUGGAGGGACACGCCGGCCACAAGUAGGGUACUGAUUAUGCAGCAUCGGCCUGCCAUGCUUUGAUAGGUAUUUCUGUAAUCAACGCAACCGUUCAAUUUGUCCAAAUAGUCAA